AUGGCAAGACACAACGACUCUCAGGGCAAGAAAGCGAGCAACCCUUCUAAAAAGCCUCUUCUUACCCAUUUCCUCUGCAUCCCUCUUGUGAAUUCAACCUCGCAACCUCAACUUGAAGCCAGUAUCAGCAAGUUCAAGGAGGAUGUCUGUACUGCGAGGUCAGUCGACACUAGCCCAGACACAGUUUCGAUAGCCGAGAGCACUGUCAAAGAUGGGAUUGCCCAGGAAGACAGGUCUCCUAAGAAUAUCGGAGAGACGACAACACCAAAAGUACAAGCACCAAUGAUACCCGAGCAAGCAAUCAGACCACCUGGAUCAUUACAUCUUACCCUUGGAGUAAUGAGUCUAGACGAAGGAAAGCUGUCUCAAGCAACCACAUUGCUCCAGUCCCUCGACGUGGAAAAACUGCUUCGAGAAGCAACACCAGAUCGAGCCACCGAACCUAGAUCAGGGUCAGAAUCAUUAGAUGGCGCAGAGAUGUAUCUCUCAACUCAUCCUUUGUCUGUCUCCCUCUCAUCCCUCGAACCAGUGCAAUCACCCACAAAAACAAGUAUCCUCUACAUCCGCCCAGAAGACCCAACAAAUCGCCUCUUUCCCCUUUGUUCAGCCCUCCGAAACACAUUCAUCCAAGCUGGCCUCUUAGUCCCGGAUACAAGACCACUAAACCUACACGCCACAAUCGUAAACACAAUCUACAUCAAAGGACGAAAGAAGAAAAAGGCAACGUCAAAACCAGCUUCCGACACGGAAAAAACAAGGACGACGGAAAUGACCAAAUCGACAAAGGAUGAAGAAGGCAAGGAAGGCGAAAUCAAAGCAAACACCCCAUCUUCAGGCCACGGACCAUCAGCAAAAUCGAGUUUAUACAUCGACGCCUCCACCCUUCUCCCUCGCUACAAAACCUACAUCUGGGCCUCCGAUAUCCUAAUCUCUAAACUCGCAAUCUGUGAAAUGGGAACCAAGAAACAAUUCGACUCUACUGGAAAAUGCAUUGGAGAAGCUUAUGCAGAAAUCGCCAUUCUUGAAUUUUGA